GAGCUCUCGGCGUCAGUCAAUCAUUUCCUGAUUGCAAUCAAGCGAUCUGCGCUCGUGUGGGGAACAAAACACCGCCGGUGUGAACAGGUCGCACCCGGAGUCUGCGCAGAGUCUCGUUACGGGGUUGGUUUGUGCUAUGGCAGGUGACAGGACGGAGCGCGCUUAGCUGAUGCCUCAUCAUCAGACGCAGUCGGAUCUGAAGUCUGGCUGGCCCUCGACUAGUAACUCGGGAAACCAUAACUGGAACAACACAAUGGACGCUCCUCAGUACCCAGGCUACCCAUCACACUACUGGUAUCCUCAGUCUCACUCCACAGGACACUAUGCAAACGCCUAUCCAUCGGGAUCAGAGGUUCAGCCACAGUACAACCAACAGGUGAUGCCUGGAGGUUAUCCAAACGGCCAUGGUGUCUACAGCCCAGCGACGGGUCAGUAUUCAACAAGUGGUUUCCACCCAUCCAACCCUUUCUACUGUGCUGACCCUCAGAGACCGGCUCCAAGUCCUUAUCCUAGCCAGGGCUGUCCAGGCGAGCAGGGCAGUGGGCCGUCUGGGCAGCCACACUCUCAACACCAACAUCAUCACUAUCCUGGUCCACACUGUCAAGGGACACCUGGAUAUCCUCCUGGACCGUACCCGCACUAUACUGAAGGUGGACAUGCAAUGCCUCCAAACCCCCCAUAUCCCACCGGCCAGUCUCUCCAUCCCAGUUCUCAGGCUGAAGCAUGGGGACACGCUGGUGCGUAUGGACACUCGCAGCCGCAAUGGCAGCCAGGCCAGCAGCCUCCACAAAACCACUACGGAAGUCAUGUCCGUCCUUCACAUCCUCCAGCAUGGCCGGGGACUGGAACAGGCGCUCCACCACCAUACCAACCCAAGGACCAACUGCACCAGCGGGCUCCACAAGUGGGACCUAAACCCAGGCCAACCCCAUCCCUCAAUCCCCCCAACGGAAAGCCUGCAGAAAUAAGUUCACCUCCUCAAAUGUACAACAAAACAGGGAGAGGUGAACCUAAUCCUUCACAAGGUGACCCCCCACCCCCUGCCCCGGCACAGGCUCCAGGCCCAGCUGGACUUCAGCCCCUGAGUGACAACCCUGGCCUUGCUAAGGUCCACCAGAUCAUGGCCAGGGUGCUGCUGCUUCAGGAAGACGUUGAUGAGUUUGUCGGUAAAAAGACAGACAGGAAUUACCGGUAUCUGGAGGAACUGCUGACCAAAGAGCUGCUGGACCUGGACUCUGUGGAGACUCAGGGACAGGAGAAUGUCCGGCAAUACCGAAGGGAGGCUGUACAGAGGAUCCAGGCCAUUCUGGACCAGCUAGAGAAGAAGGCCUUCUGAAGUGGAUUUAUUUAUUGGGUUUAUGGGUCACUAAGUUUUGCUGUUUCCUUCUUCCAGAUCUUCCAUGAACAUGGUGAAGGUCUAGUCUUGUUCUUCUGAGCUGUUAUCGGUAGGCGUUUUUCCCCCACCACCAUGACAUGAAAUGCCUGGAGUAAACGGCAGGGACCCAAGAACAAAUACUGCUACAAGGAAUCAAACUUUUCAAGCCUAAUUAUGCUGGUAUGAGUGACAUGCGGGUAGUAGAAGUGCACACUGAUGGUUGUACAUAUCUGAAAACUUUCAGCCUCAGUGAGUGGCUGUGGUGUCCACACAACCUGACACUUCUGCUCUGCUCAUCUUUUAACGUCAUGCCUUUGCCAGCAUAAUGCAGGACAGGGUCACUGGAUUGGAUGGAUCUUUUCAGUGCCACAUAGAAACUGUAAGUUUUCUCUAACCUGUGAUACAGAGUCAGAUUAUCAUCAUGCUGUCCCUCAGGAUUGUGGAUCGGUCUUAUUCUGAUCCUGAACACUUGCACUUCCUCAGCUGUGUCCAUCAUUUCGUCUCACAGACCAUCUGCAUGAUAGUUGCUCCUUCACAUGUCUGCAGGAAUAGGUGCAAUGCUUCCCUUUCAGCUCCCAGCCCUGCAUGCACUGUAAUGUCAGAUAAGCACUUGAUACAGUCCUGACAUCUCCGAGCUCAUAAUUGGACGUAGAGUGUGGCAGAUUAUUGAAAAGCCCCUGAAGAUUACUGUCCCAAUUUUAUCCAUGUUUUGGAUGAAACUGCUUCUUAAAUGCAGACCUAGAAUCAGACCUACAUAUGAAAAUCAUGUAUUUCACUAUAGGAACUAUUGUUAUAGCAGAUCCAUAAGGAAAUGAUUAAGAAUUACUUGAAAUGCUGUUGAAUUGUGUUAUUCCCCCUUUUGAACAGUUCAAAUAUACAUGGGACUUAGAAAUUGAUUCUUUUUUCUCCAGAAGUGUUCAAUCCGUUUCUGUAAAGGCUAAAGGAAAAUAUGUACUUUGAAAUAUUUAGUUAUGCUUUGUGUACAAGGACAAUUUCAGUCACAGCAAUCUGAUCAGCUCUUUACAUUCUGUUAGCACUGAACUCCUUGUCAUUACAAAUCUAAUUUUGCACCACAAUCCAUUGUCUUGUGUAGCACUUUUAUUUUUUUUUUCCUCAGUCAUACCUUCCUUGUGGAUUUAGAAAAAAAAACAGAGUGCCAUAUUUCAGGGAAUGGUUUUAUAUCAUUAGAAAACAAAUAAAAAUAGAUGAUAAGAUUUGCAUGAAAGAAACAUCUGUCAUAUGUGUUGAUUUCCAUGUGCUGCUAAGUCUCUGUUUAGAUGGAGCACAACUGUACAGUCUCAGAUGUAAUGCAUGUUUCCAACACAAGAUGGGAAUAUUUGCCUGAUGAAUAUCAAAGUUAUCACAGGUGAGGAAAAAACUGAGAAAUAAUUAAAUGUAUAUAUUUUUA